AUGGAGGAGGGGCCGGAGCCAAACUUGGCACCCCACCAUCAUCUCCUUGACUGGUUGGAGGACUCUGCAUCAUUCAUUCCCUCCAUCCCUUCCUUCUUUGAUGAGCCCUACACUGAGAUUGAUCUAAACCCUUACGAAUGGUGGAACCAUGAUCAUGAUUAUGAAAAUCAACAGCAGAGCAUACAAACACCAGCCUCAAGCACUGCCAUCACCACCCCUUCUAUUACCACUACUACUAUUAUUGCUACUACCAAUCAAACAACAGUCCCUAAAUCUGAAUACACUACCAAGAAGCGAAAGCAACAGGAAGAACAAAGUAUUAGAUCUCAAUCUCAACAAAGCAAGAGAAGAAACAAUACUGACAAUGAAGAAGGCGGUGCAGAGAACGAAGAGGAUGGUGGUAGUGGUGGUGGAGAGGUGCAGAGAAAGCCAGGCAGGAAGGUGCAGACCAAGGGAAGUGGUUCUGGUUCAGGGAACAAUGGAGCAAAAGACGUCAGGUGGGCGGAGCAGCUACUCAACCCCUCGCGCGGCAGCAAUCCAUGCAAUGAAUUUAUCAAGAGUUCAGCAUCUCUUAUAUGUACUUAA